AGACAAAAGGAAAGCACACAAGCACUUAUCUUUUAAAGGGGAAUGUUCUCCACUAAGAAAAUGUGUACUUUAAAAACCUUAGUCCUUGUCCAUAAUUUGAUCAUUCAACACUUAAUUUUCACUUACUAGAGCCAAAAUGCCUAUCUCAUCUUAUCUUAUCCAUAUUUUGCUCUGCAUAUUUCUCUUUCUUUUUAGCAUUGAUGGAACACAAGUCAUUCUAGUAAACAACUGCAAGGAGAGCAUAUGGCCCGGGAUUCUUGGUGGUGCAGGGCAGACUACACUAAAAGAAGGCGGUUUUCACCUUAGCACCGGUGAGCAAAUGGUCCUCGACGUGCCUGAUAAGUGGUCAGGGAGAAUAUGGGGGAGACAGAACUGUCAUUUUGAUGAAAAUGGGAAAGGAAAAUGUGAUACUGGCAAUUGUGGUGGUCAGUUACAAUGCCGGGGGCUAGGAGGUGAGCCCCCGGCUACUGUAGUGGAAAUGACACUAGGCUCAUCGACUUCACCCUUACAUUUCUACGAUGUAAGUUUAGUCGAUGGGUUCAACUUGCCAGUAUCGAUGAAACCUGUGGGAGGAGGGGUUGGAUGUGGCGUAGCGCAGUGUGAAGCUGAUUUGAACAUAUGUUGUCCAUCAGCACUUGAAGUGAAAUCUGGAGACAGAGUUGUUGGUUGUAAAAGUGCUUGUUUGGCUAUACAAUCACCAAAGUAUUGUUGUACAGGACAAUAUGCAAAUCCAAAAACUUGUAAGCCAACUGUUUUUGCUAAUCUGUUUAAAGCUAUUUGUCCAAAGGCUUAUAGUUAUGCAUUUGAUGAUGCUUCAAGCCUUUAUACAUGUAGGGCUCCGCGAUAUCUCGUUACAUUCUGUCCUCCAAAGUGAGAAGUUGUUUAUGUUGUCAUGUAAUUUCCCCUGCAAUUUAGGACUAUGUUGAUGUGACUCUUCAGAAAUGUUGUUGCUCCUGGAUCGAGUUAUCCAAAAACAAAUAACUUUUGGAGGAUUUGAUAUACAUUCGAUAGUAUUUUUGAGAAGCAAACAUAUGUUUAGGAUGUGAUUGAAGAGUCACAUCCCUCUACUUUCUUGUCUAUUUUCUGUUGUUAUUGUUAUUCAGUUUUAUUGGAAAAAGUAGUUUGAAACAA